AUGUCAUUCGCGCCGUAUUAUCAUAUAUUUUCACUCCCGAAGGACCUGCUGGAUACCAUCAUUCCCCGCGACGUUGUCAAUCAAGCUCAGGCCUCUUCCAGCCCUCAUUCUGAAUCAUCUGCCUCGCAGCCGUCUAAUAUUACGGGUGCUCGCGCAUGCAACGUCUGUCCUGGUACAGCCUUUGUCGAUGUCGAUGCACAACGGUAUCACUUCCGCUCUGAUUGGCAUCGAUAUAAUGUCAAAGCUAAGCUGAACGGGGGGGAUGGUGUCACGGAGAGCCAAUUUGGUUUGCUGGUGGAUGGGCUGGAGGAUUCCCUGUCCGGUUCCGCUUCUUCAUCCGACGGCGAAUCUGACGACUCAGAUGCAGUCGCAACUUUGAUACAAAGAACUCGAAUUUUAGCUCGAUCGCCUUCACCUACAUCUGCGUCUCUAUCCACUCCCCAAACACCGCUAGCAUGGUUUCAUUCUCCUCCGUCUACUCAGAUUGGUAUCUAUAAGGCUUUGUUUCCUCUUGCAUCAUCUUCCUCAUACUUAAAUGAACUGAAGGAAAUGCAGAAAGGUGGAGAGGAAGGGCGUUCUUGGGCUAUGUUUCUAGUCGCUGGUGGACAUUUUGCUGGUGCCAUUGUCCGUGUGAAACAUCCUGACGGCGAAGACGAAAAUCAGGGUAGCCUGACAAAGAAAGGGAAACCUAGGAAACUAAAGCCUGACACAGAAGUUCUCAAACACAAGACGUUCCACCGAUAUACCACUCGGAGGAAGCAAGGUGGUUCUCAAUCAGUCAAUGACAACGCGAAAAGCAAGGCCGUCAGUGCCGGUGCUAUGCUGCGUCGAUAUGGAGAACAAGCACUCCGAGAUGACAUCCGCAGUCUUCUCCAAGAUUGGGCAGAAGAGAUAGAACAAUGCGAGCUUAUAUGGAUCCGUGCCAGUGUGUCGAAUAGACGAAUCUUCUUGGAUUACGACGGAGCUAUUAUCACGAAAGGUGAUUCACGCCUGCGCACAUUCCCUUUCCCUACGCGACGUCCGACACAAUCAGAACUGUAUCGCUGCCUCUUGGAACUUACUCGGGUGAAAGUUUCCCACUUCACGGAAGACGUACUCCGUGAGCAAGAUGAAGCAUAUCUUGCUUCCCUUCCUAAGCCAAGGCCAAAGCCAACUAUGGUCGCCCCGAAACUAGCACCAGAGGCAAGAAAAGAGAAACCCCGGCAAUUGAGCGCGGAGGAGCAGCAGCUCCGUAGCGACUGGAAUCGUCUCCUCGAGAUGGUCACCAAAGGUCGCUUAGAAUCUUUGAAAACAUUUUGGGAGCGCGAAGGAAACAAUCUUGGGAACAUCAAUGUCCAGAUCCCAGAGUGGGCUAACGAGAGAGGCGGAACACUACUCCAAGUCGCCGCUCGGGCUGGACAGCCAGAUGUAACACAGUGGCUGCUUGAAGACAUGCAUGCCGAUCCCACUCUCGAUGUUCCAGCGAACGGAGGUGCAGAUGAGGACCCACAUCAGUCAGACAUGGAGGGUUCAUCUCUACCGGCAGGCUUAAGACGCACUGCCUACGACCUAGCUCGUAGUCGUGCUGUUCGUGAUGUCUAUCGGCGCUGUGCUGCCAUACAUCCCGACUGGUGGGAUUGGCUUGGGAUCGAGAAAGGUGCACGCGUACCCAGUAUCCUCAGUGCAGACAUGGAGGAUAACAGGGACGAGAAGAAGAAAGUGCGGAGGAAAGGGUUGAAGGAUCGCAUCAAAGAUCGUGAAACUAAGGAGAAAGAAUUGCCCGUAAUUAGUCCUACAUCAACAACUCCCUUCAACAAUCAAGAAUCAGGGAAGCGGACAGAAUUGGUGAGUGGCCCGCGGAGGUUAGGUGGCUCUGCAGGAGCUAGUGAAGGAAUUGUGGGGCUGACGCCAGAAAUGAGGGCAAAAGUUGAGCGGGAGCGCAGGGCGCGGGCUGCUGAAGCUCGACUCAAGGCUCUGGGUGGUGUUCGGUAA